AUGACUCCCAAAAAGACAAAUAUUCCAUUUGACCCCUCCCGAAUUACAAAGGCUUCAGCCGCAGAGUUCUCGUCAUCAGAAUCCGAAGAUGAAGACGACCACCGAAUACCAAGCCUAGAGGCUGAUGAUGAAUUUGGCGACUUCAACCCCAGGAAGAAACGGCGUGUUGGCAAAAACACCAAAGAGAAGGCUGCGUUGGGAAUCUUCGGUUCUGACAGUGAUGACGAUGGCCCCAAUUCGCGCUGGAAAAGAAAGACCUUGCGGAACAAGGGAAUGAGCUUUGUUUCCUCGGCAGCGAAAUCGACCGAUACAGACGAAGAAAUGGACCAUGACGAUAAUCGGCCAGUGCUAGGAAAUGGCGGUAAAGGAAGUUGGGGCGAGGAGCAAAAGGACGAAAGCGGAAGCGAGGGCGAAGACGAAACCGACAGUCAAGGUUCUGGUGUCGGGCUAGGAUUUCGCAGUGGAAUCGGAUCCGCCUUGAACGGAACCGCCCCAAAUGAUGACGGUGUGGCUCCAAACAUACCUGUUCCCAAGGUCGAGUCAUAUUUCGAUGGGAGCAACGUUCUCGGAAUGGGGUUUGUGCCCUCGUCUGCAAAUGAGCCAGUUCUAAGGGAGUCGGAUGAAGCUACGGCGCCGCCCCAAAAUCGACCGCAACACAGUACGUUUACAAGCAAAGGAAAAGUGAACGCCAAGGGUUUCGGUGCGCGGAUGAUGGCCAAGAUGGGAUAUGUAGAGGGCAAAGGUCUCGGCAAAGAAGGGCAAGGGCGCAAUAUUAUUAUCGAGGCAAACUUACGACCCCAGGGCAUCGGCUUAGGAGCCGUCAAGGAAAAAUCGGAACAAGAGCGCCGAGAAGAGAGGAGGCAGGCCGAAAUGCGCGGCGAAAAAAUCGUCGACUCGGACGGAGAACCGAAAAAAGGGAAAGGGGCGAAAAGAAAGGGACUAGGUGGUGGUGGUGGUGGUGGUGGUGGUAGUGGUUCAAGCACUCCCCGACGUCCCAAGACAAAGUACCUAACGGUUGAGGAGUUGAAAGCCUCCGCCCCUGGUUUACAUAUCCCUGAAGCGUUCACACCAAUUCUGGAUAUGACUGGGCCAAGGAGUAAGAUGCUUACCUCGACCAGCGGAAUCAUGACGCCUACCUCUGGUACACCAGAAUCAACGGAGCUCACAGAGGCACGGAAACUUGUUAAGCGAGCACAGACCGACCUACAGGCAUUCUCUGGAGAAUGGAGGAACUUGGAAGAGCGCAAAGCUUGGUUGGACCUGGAGUUGAAAGAAAGGGAAAGAGAAAUAGAAGAUUUACGAUCCGACUUUGAGAGGCUUCAAGCGUUUGCCGAGUUGGUGUCGAAAGAAGUCACGGCAGAUGCGGAUAUAACUGGUGUUUCGGCAUGCUUUGAGAAAGCGUUCGAGGGCCAUGUCCCAAGUGCAGAAACAGCCGAGCUAGCUGUUGCUGCCAUGCACCCGUUUUUGAAAGAUGCAGAUUGGGAUCCCCUUGCCGACCCGUCAACGUUUGCUUCGAAUAUCAGAAAGCUCUUUGAAUUAUUGAUCAAGUCGGAGGAUGGCGCGCGCGCAGUCAAGAAGAGGGAACUGAACGAUUUUCAUCCAGAAGGCAGUUACCGGAGGCACCAAAAGGCCACAACGCCGUACGAAAGCAUGAUGUACAAGAUAUGGCUGCCGAGGGUUGUCGCCGCGGUACGACAGUGGGAUCCACUAACACCAACCCCCAUGUUGGAUAUUGUUGAAAACUGGAACGACCUGCUCCCCCAUUUCGUCCGGGCCCAGGUCAUGGAUCAAAUCGCGAGAAAGCUGGAGACUGCUGUUUCCGACUGGAACCCCAAGAGGAAACGCCAGAGCCACCACCUGCCGCAUACUUGGCUCUUCCCCUGGCUACAACACCUCCCGCCCUAUCAUCUGGAUCCCAAAGGCACUGGCUUAGUGGCAGAUGUCAAGAGAAAAUAUCGACAACUGAUUGAUGUGUGGGAGUUUGAGCGCGGGAUCGUUCCUGGUUUGAAACAGUGGGAGGAUGUGCUCGGCAGUCAAUGGCAACCAUUGAUAAUGUCUCACGUGUUACCAUCAAUGGGUCGCUAUUUGCGAGCCAACUUCCGGGUUGACCCGGCAGACCAGGAGCCCUACCUUCCCAUCUUGACAGGUGUCAUGAAAUGGAACGGCAUGCUAGGCGAUGCCAUGGUCGCCGAGGUGCUUAUCCAAGAUGUCUUGCCAAUGUGGUAUGAAAAGCUUCGGGAGUGGCUAGCACUCGCCGAGGGAGACCUGUCCGAGGUGGCAGAGUGGUAUACCUGGUGGCGAAGGGUGUUGCUGAGAGACAUGACUGGAAUCAAGGGCGUACGAACUGAACUGGAUAAAGGGCUGCACAUGAUGAAUCUUGUAUAG